AUGUCCGACGUACGAUCUCUUUUACGGCAACAGCGCGCCGCUCGCCGUAUCGAACACCCUUACGCCUCCUACUCCGAAGCAGGCAAACUGCUCUGUAUCCUCUGCCACGAGCAGAUCAAAACUGAGACGCUAUGGGACUCACAUGUCCGGGGCGAGGCUCACAAGACUCGGUUGAUCAAAGCCCAAACCGCAGCUUCCUCAAAUGGACGUAAUCCCCAACAAUCUGCACAAAAACGGAAACAUGACGAUACCGAAGAGGCCAUCGACGACGGGGACGGAGAUAUCGAUAUGGACGAUAGCAGACGGAAACGAAACAAAACAGAAGACCUGGAAGGGGAUGAUUCCAGGGAGCAGAACUUAACACCACCUCGAUUGACAAGAAGGACGUCGGCGACACCAUCGCAAGGGAUUGAGCUACAAAUUCCGUCGCGACCUGCAACCCCGGCACACCGAGACGGCUCUUCGUCUUCUACUCCCGGAGGCCAGUCUAACAAUCUUACCACCCAGAACGGCACCACAACACUCCCCUCACGCCGGCCUAGUAGCCUGGCGACAGACGAGCGACAAGCUGCCGCAUCAGUCUCAGUCGAUGAGACAGAGUGGGCAGCAUUUGAAGCCGAUAUCGCCGCUACAACAGCUCCUUAUGACGAAGACGCAGUCAUAUCUGCUCCAGCCAUGACGACAGAGGAAGUAGCCGCUGCAGAGGCCCUGAAAGAGGCCGAGGCAGAAAAGCAACGCGCUCAGGUUGACGCUGAUCUAGAGGACGAAAAGGAAGAGGCCACCCGCGCGUUGGAGGAAGAGUUCGAGGAGAUGGAAGAGCUCGAAGCGCGCGUGAGGCGCUUGAAAGAGAAAAGGGAAGCCCUGCGCAAACGUGGUGAGAGUUUCAGUCAAGAUGGCCAACCUGAAAAACCCACGAGUCUGAGCAAGGAAAACUCAGAAACGCCCGUUAUCAAAGAGAAGGACGAGGAGGACGAGGAGGACGAUGACGAAGAUGAAGACGAUGAUUGGGAUGGCUUCAGAUUUCGAAAAGCCUAA